AUGAGCAAAUGUGGCAGGAAAAAAAUAUAUCAAGACAAAUCUAAGGUUUCUGUCGCUGGAUCAGGCACCGGAAGAGGCUCCCCAGCUGUAACUCUAGUACAGUUACCUUCAGGCCAAACUGUACACGUGCAGAGAGUAAUUCAGACACCACAGCCAUCGGUGAUCCAGUCACCACAAAUACAGACUGCUCAGGUAGCAACAAUUGUAGAGACAGAUGAGUCUGCAGAGUCAGAAGGUGUAAUCGAUUCUCAUAAACGUAGAGAAAUCCUUUCACGAAGACCCUCUUACAGAAGAAUACUGAAUGAACUUUCCUCUGAUGUGCCUGGUGUUUCCAAGAUUGAAGAAGAAAAAUCAGAGGAAGAAGGAACGCCACCUAAUAUCGCUGCUAUGGCAGUACCGACUAGCAUAUAUCAGACUAGCACGGGGCAAUACAGUAUGUAUGCUGUGAUUCCAUAUGACAUAGUGCUAGCUGUAAGUCUCUCUCCUUUCUUUGAAGCAGCUCGGGUUUUGGCACUAAACUGUCCCAUUUUAAAAUGCAUCACAAUGCCUAAACUGUGUAUCAUAGUGUGA